CUUAGGCAGCCUCAGAUCCAUCUGUGGGCUUUGGCCAAGGAUCACGAGCCCCCCACGCUCCCAGGGGGCCCUGCCCGCCUGUGUAGGGGCCGCCCCAGGAGCACUAUUUAAGGAGCCAGCUCCAGCCCCCCUCUAGCCCUGUGGCAGUGCGGCAGAAGGAUCCAGAACAUGGCACCCAGGAGAGCCCGGAAGAGGGCCGAGGGGGCAGCCAGCUCCAACGUCUUCUCCAUGUUCGACCAGUCCCAGAUCCAAGAGUUCAAGGAGGCCUUCACCAUCAUGGACCAGAACCGGGACGGCUUCAUCGACAAGGAAGACCUGCGUGACACCUUUGCCGCGCUGGGCCGCAUCAAUGUGAAGAACGAGGAGCUGGAGGUGAUGGUGCGAGAGGCACCCGGCCCCAUCAAUUUCACCGUGUUCCUCACCAUGUUCGGGGAGAAGCUGAAAGGCACGGACCCCGAGGAGACCAUCCUCCAUGCCUUCAAAGUGUUUGAUGCUGAGGGCAAAGGCUUCGUCAAGGCAGACUUCAUCAAGGAGAAGCUCAUGACGCAGGCUGACCGCUUCAGUGAGGAGGAGGCCAAGCAGAUGUUUGCAGCGUUUCCUCCGGACGCAUAUGGGAAUCUGGAUUACCGCAACCUGUGCUAUGUCAUCACUCACGGCGAGGAGAAGGACUAGGGGUGGGGGACCCCGUGAGGGUGGCAGGGGACCCCAGGCCACAGAGGAGGGGAGCACAGCUCCUGUCACCCUCGGGGGCGCAGGAGGACACCACAAUAAAGGCGGUGGG